UAAGGUCGGACUACUCACUUCGUCUACAGUUUUUAUUUAUAUUUUUAAUUCACAAAUGUUGAGAUUGGUACUCAUAGUGUAGGUAGUCCGCCAUUUUGUUUUGGGGUCGUGUGCAAAAUGGCUGCCAACUUCACGGAUGUGAUCGGGCCUAUGGCGUAUCCAUUGAAAAUGGUAGCCAGAGAGGUGGAAGAGCACAUGCUGGGAUGGAACAUUCCAGAAGAACACCAAGACAUGGUCCACGAACACUGGCGAGCUUACCCCGCCGUUAGCAAAUACUGGCACUAUGGCAUGGCGCUCGUCUACACAGUUCUUAUGUUCACAUCGCUGACGGGCAAUGGGAUAGUCAUCUGGAUAUUUAGCACCUCAAAAUCCCUGCGAAGCGCCAGCAACAUGUUCGUGAUCAACCUGGCGAUCUUCGACCUGAUGAUGAUGCUGGAGAUGCCAUUACUCAUCAUCAACUCCUUCUACCAACGCACAGUUGGUUACCAAAUGGGUUGCGACAUUUAUGCCGCACUAGGGUCCCUAUCUGGCAUAGGGGGCGCUAUUACGAAUGCUGUCAUCGCGUUCGAUAGAUACAAAACGAUAUCCUGCCCACUGGACGGGCGCAUCAACAAAGUGCAAGCGUCCUUGCUCAUCAUGUUCACGUGGUUCUGGGCGACACCCUUCACAGUGCUACCCUGGGUCCAAGUCUGGGGAAAAUAUGUGCCAGAGGGCUUCCUGACGACGUGCUCGUUCGACUUCCUGACUGACGACCAGGACACGAAGGUGUUCGUGGCCUGCAUCUUCGUGUGGAGCUACUGUAUCCCCAUGUCGCUCAUAUGCUACUUCUACUCUCAACUCUUCAGUGCCGUACGCCUCCACGAGCGUAUGCUCGCCGAGCAAGCCAAGAAGAUGAACGUCAAAUCCUUGGCAGCCAACAAGGAGGACGCCGGGAAGAGCGUCGAGAUCCGCAUCGCUAAAGUAGCAUUCACCAUUUUCUUCCUCUUCGUCUGCGCGUGGACGCCAUACGCUUUCGUUGCGAUGACUGGGGCGUUUGGAGACAGGAGUAUACUGACGCCAGUGGCAACGAUGAUCCCGGCUGUGUGCGCUAAAGUGGUCUCCUGUAUAGACCCCUGGGUAUACGCCAUUAACCAUCCCAGAUACAGGGCCGAGCUGGAGAAGCGGCUGCCCUGGCUUGGAGUACGUGAGCAAGACCCUGAUGCAGUCUCAACCACCACCACUGUCAACACGGCCGCCACAGGAACUCAGGCUGAAGCUUGAACUAUAGUAUAAAUCUCUGACGCAAUCUGUACAAAUCUCAGUCAAAACUGGCGCAGUGUCCAUGAACCAGCGUUGACACCACAUGACCUUGAGAUAAGGCUAACUUUAAUGUAUCUCUUAGUUCACGAACCUGUGGUCUAGUACCAUCGGUACACGACUUGGAUCUCAUGCUGAAGCUUAUAGAUCUCUCUUGGCUUGAGGCUCAAAUCAUGAAUCCAGUCAUGCAAUUUGUUUAAAUCGCAGUGACCUUGAUCCGACUCCUGCAGAGCACUUGAACAAUGGGCAUUUGAACAAUAAAAUUGUUCUGUAUGUCGUAAUCUUUACAAAUCGAACGGCCCGCAAAGCACAGUGCGCACACUAGACGUGUGCGCAAUUUCAUAUUUGCUUAAUAGUCUGCAAAAAAAGUUAUCGGUGACAAAGUUACCCGUGGGCGCAUACCCCUAGACACCGAUUUUUGUUAUCCUCUAACGCCCUACUUAAUAUCCCUUAACUAUAUAUCCAAACUAUUAGGCCAAUGUCCAGAACUGCUAAGUCAAAUCUAUGAUUAUAGUACAUCCUGCAGUUUCCGAUAGCAGGCAGAUCCCACUAUAAGGUUUCUAGAACUUUAAUUCACCCUUCAAACAGUAACCCUUUAUAUAGAUUUUUGUUAUAUUCUUUACUUAAUUUUACCUACAUUCGAUUUUAUAAUGACAAUAUUCAAGAGACUCAUGUGAGUUGGUCGUAUCUUCCACCAAAUUCUAAAUAAAGAUUUACUGGGAAAGUUUUACCUAUAAACGAUUUUUAUACAAAUACCUAGGUAAUUAUUUAUAAAAUGUAUUCCAAAUUUCCUCGAAAACGAUACCAAUACCCAUUCAAGAAAGAACGAAUCAAACAAACGUAUUCAGGUUAAACAUAUUUCAUUGUGUAGAUUAAAAAGGAUUUUUCGGAGCAGAAUAUCAGCCCACGGGACUCUCAAUAAUGGAAACCUAAACGAAUCUGUAUUUCACAUUUAAAUGGAUUUCUAUUUAUUAAUCAAAGACAUUAAUUUAGCUGAAAAACUUUUAAUAAUUAGAGAGCAUUUGAUGAAUGGUUUUUAAGGAAUCUAGGUGAGCUUCAAUUUAUUUAAUCAGAUUAAUGAAAUAUUUCGAAGCCUGAGUAGACUGAGAUUUAUAUUGAUUGCUUUUAACUAAUAUUUUGUAACAUUUACUAUUUGUAUACUUUGAGUACGAAUCUCUAAUAAACAUAAUUUUAGUAGGUACUUUUGUUAUCCUUCUAAAUCUCAGAGUCAUCUGUGCAUUAUUGAAUUAUAGUUAAAAAUUCUAUUUGAUUUUUAGUCCUUAAAAAGGGACGAUGGGACUUAGGAGGAUUUUGAUCGGAUCUUUGAUUAAUGACCCGCUGCCCUAAUGGAUUCCGAUGACGCAAUGUUUUUUUUUACAAAGGAAGCAAAAUAUAAAAAAUCACAAAAAAAUGUACGGACCGAUCCCGACGACAAUGGCUAACGACUUCGAAGCAAAUAAAAGUGAAUAAGCAAAUGAUAUUG